UCCACCCCUCCCUCCUCCUGUUCUUUCCUCCCCUCCCCUUCCCCCACUCCCUCCUCCUCCUGCCCCUCCUCCCCCCCUACCUCCACCCUCAUGUUUGAAGUAAUGUCAGGGGCGGGGGAGUCAGCCCACGAACCCAAGACGCCCACCAACAACAACAACAUCGUGGGCGCCUUCAACAUGAACGGCAGCGUGGGCGUCAGCUUAGCUCUCUCCAAUUCCAUCCCUUCCCCGGAUCCAGGAGAAAAAUCACCCGCCCUCCCGCCCACUACGCCCACAUACAGCCAAAUCCUCAAGCCACCCACGCCCACCACCCAAUCCAAUUUCCACCACACCGUCACGCCCUCGAUCCGUACCUGGCAUCAACACGUGUAUGAAGCGCCGCCCAAAUCACCAACGCCACAUAGGAUUUCAGAUAUCUUGGGAUGGGCGGCGGUGUGUGGGCGUAAUGAUGAGCCUCUUAACCUGACUACACGCCCACCAGACUCACAACCUCACUCUAAAGGUGGCGUGACGGACCCCAAGGGCGCGACCAAGAGGAAGAAGGAGAAUGGCGAGUUGUCUCCUGGACUUGGAUCUGUCGGCGACGCUGAAGGUGCGAACGACCGGAAAAAGAAGAAGGCAAGAACGACCUUCACCGGACGACAAAUCUUCGAGUUGGAGCGUCAGUUUGAGCUCAAGAAGUACCUGUCAUCCUCGGAACGGGCGGAGAUGGCCAAGCUCUUAAACGUCACCGAGACACAGGUAAGUCAGGUCAAUGUUGAAUUCCUCGCGUCACUCCUGGCUAACAUAAUUGAGGUCCUCGCGUCACUCCUGGCCAACAUAAUUGAGGUCCUCGUGUCACUCCUGGCCAACAUAAUUGAGGUCCUCGCGUCACUCCUGGCCAACAUAGUGAGGGUCCCUCCUAAAAGUCACUCCUGUAACAUAAUUGAGGUCCUCGCGUCACUCCUGGCCAACAUGAUUGAGGUCCUCGUGUCACUGCUGGCCAACAUGACUGAGGCCAUGGCCGAGCACGCAUGA